GAGGCUGGCUAGGGGGAGGAGGAAGUGGCCUGGAAGGGCGGGUCGGGUUACCGUGGCCCCGCCUGACCCGGUGACAUCCCGGCGCGCUCGCCGCGAGCUCACGGCCACUCUGGUUCUCGGUGAGGCCGACUCCGCCCUGCCUGGAGGAUCCCGGAGCUCCGGUCCGCCGUCCCCCUCGCGCGUGACGACCGAUCUCAGGCUAAGCAAUGGCAUUUCAAAAGGCAGUGAAAGGGACUGUUCUUGUGGGCGGAGGAGCUCUGGCCACUGUUUUGGGACUCUCUCAGUUUGCUCAUUACAAAAGGAAGCAAGUGAGCCUGGCAUAUGUGGAGGCAGCAGAAUGCAUCACGGAGCCUGUGAACAGGGAGCCUCCUUCCAGAGAGGCCCAGCUCAUGACUCUGCGGAACACCUCGGAGUUUGACAUCCUUGUUAUCGGAGGCGGCGCCACCGGAAGUGGCUGUGCACUGGACGCUGUCACCAGAGGACUGAAAACAGCCCUUGUAGAGAGAGAUGACUUCUCAUCGGGGACCAGCAGCAGAAGCACUAAAUUGAUCCACGGUGGUGUGCGAUAUCUCCAGAAGGCUGUCAUGAACUUGGAUGUUGAGCAGUAUAGGAUGGUGAAAGAAGCCCUCCACGAACGUGCCAACUUACUAGAAAUCGCCCCCCAUUUAUCAGCUCCGUUGCCUAUAAUGCUUCCGAUUUACAAGUGGUGGCAGUUACCUUAUUACUGGGUGGGAAUCAAGAUGUAUGAUCUGGUUGCAGGAAGUCAGUGCCUGAAGAGCAGUUACGUCCUCAGCAAAUCCAGAGCACUCGAGCAUUUCCCUAUGCUCCAGAAGGACAAGCUGGUAGGAGCCAUUGUCUACUAUGAUGGACAGCACAACGACGCACGGAUGAACCUCGCCAUUGUCCUCACUGCUGCCCGGUAUGGGGCUGCCACUGCCAAUUACAUGGAGGUGGUGAGCCUGCUCAAGAAGAAAGACCCCGAAACAGGGAAGGAGCGCGUGAGCGGCGCGCGGUGCAAGGAUGUCCUCACAGGGCAGGAGUUUGACGUGAGAGCCAAAUGUGUCAUCAAUGCCACUGGCCCCUUCACAGACUCCGUGCGCAAAAUGGACGAUAACAGUGCUGCCCCCAUCUGCCAGCCCAGUGCGGGUGUCCACAUUGUGAUGCCCGGGUACUACAGCCCCGAGAACAUGGGACUUCUUGACCCUGCAACCAGUGAUGGAAGAGUUAUUUUCUUCUUGCCUUGGGAGAAGAUGACAAUUGCUGGCACUACUGACACACCAACUGACAUCACACAACACCCUAUUCCUUCUGAAGAAGACAUCAACUUCAUCUUGAAUGAAGUACGGAACUACUUGAGCUGUGAUGUUGAAGUGAGAAGAGGGGAUGUCCUGGCAGCAUGGAGUGGUAUUCGUCCCCUCGUUACCGAUCCCAACUCUGCAGACACACAAUCUAUCUCACGAAAUCAUGUUGUGGAUGUCAGUGAGAGUGGCUUAAUCACAAUAGCAGGAGGGAAAUGGACGACGUAUCGCUCUAUGGCAGAAGACACUGUGAAUGCAGCGAUCAAGAUUCACAACCUGAAAGCAGGGCCGAGUAGGACCGUUGGGCUGUUCCUUCAAGGAGGCAAAGAUUGGAGCCCCACACUCUACAUCAGGCUUGUCCAGGACUACGGGCUUGAGAGCGAGGUGGCCCAGCAUCUCGCUACCACCUAUGGUGACAAGGCUUUCGAGGUGGCCAAAAUGGCAAGUGUGACUGGAAAACGGUGGCCUGUCGUUGGUGUGCGUCUUGUGUCAGAAUUUCCAUACAUCGAAGCAGAGGUGAAAUAUGGGAUUAAGGAAUACGCCUGCACCGCAGUUGACAUGAUUUCACGUCGCACCCGCCUGGCGUUCCUCAAUGUCCAGGCUGCAGAGGAAGCCCUGCCUAGGAUUGUUGAAUUGAUGGCCAGAGAACUGAACUGGAGUGAACUGAAGAAACAGGAAGAACUUGAAACGGCCACAAAGUUUCUGUACUAUGAAAUGGGCUAUAAGUCUCGAACAGAACAGCUCACGGAUCGUACUGAAAUUAGUCUGCUGCCUUCAGACAUUGAUAGGUACAAGAAAAGAUUUCAUAAGUUUGAUGCAGAUGAAAAAGGCUUCAUUACUAUUGUUGAUGUUCAGCGUGUUCUAGAGAGUAUCAACAUACAGAUGGAUGAAAACACACUCCAUGAAAUUCUCAAUGAAGUCGAUUUGAACAAAAACGGACAAGUUGAGCUCAAUGAAUUUCUGCAGCUGAUGAGUGCAAUUCAGAAAGGAAGGGUGUCUGGAAGCCGCCUUGCCAUCCUGAUGAAAACUGCUGAGGAGAACUUGGAUCGCAGAGUUCCGAUUCCUGUGGAUCGUAGCUGUGGAGGAUUGUGAGUCUGACCAGUAUAUCCACAGCCAGCACUAUGUUCCGACCAGAGAUGACUUAAACCACUCUAAAAUAGUGCCUAUGAUAGCUGCAUUUUUUUUUUAAAUAAACAAAAAACAAAACGCAAAAAGCACUGGAAAACAUUCCAAAACUUUUAAGAGGUUGGUGUAUUUGCCAGCUGAAUUUGUCAAUCCUGUAUUUGUAUUUGUCAUUCAGUCUAGCUUCUGAAAAGUGUUAUUCUCAUUUUUAGUGCACAUCGAUUUUAAUGUUUUGUAUCCAUUCUGUAACCCACUCUGCCUUUCCAUUCAUGCAUUUGAAUUGGUUUCAGAGGCGGACUCUGAACAGAUUGGAAAGAAGCUAGGGAGAUUUUGUGAGCACCAGAGCUAUGGAGCUUGAGCUUAUAGUUCGCAUUUUAUUUUAUUUUAUUUUUUCCAGAAAAGCAUCUGACCUAUUGACACAAAAAAGAGAGGUCGGGAGACUUCUCAGCCCUUGCUACCUACCCCCUCCCUAAUAAUACUGCUCCCUUUUCUGUCUAGAGCAACUCUAGUUCAUCUGGAGAGGGAAGACAAAAGUUUAGAUCUGGUUGAGAUUUGGUUACAUUUCUAAAAGAGAAACUCUGAAAGCUUCCAGAAUCGCAGGAGUAAGAUAAAGACAGCACUGACAUUUGCCGGGAGGUACAGUGAUACUUGCUUCUCAGCAGUUCAUUUUUUUUCCCCCAGGCACUGCUGGCUUUCUUUGACUAUUAUAGUUGCCAGAAAAAUCCUUGCUUUUUUUACUUUAAAACCAGCAUUUGAGUGGCAAGUUGGAUAUAAGGGGAUGGGACCAAAUCUUUCCAUUCCCCAUGGGAGGAAUGAUACGACACAAUUUUCAAUCCCACAAGUCCUGGAUCUUGCAGUGUGUGGUGUUGUCAUGCUCUUGUUGGGGUGUGCAGCAGUGGUGGUAGUUGCAAAAAGAUAACAAUAAAAAAAAAUUGGACCGACUUUUGUUAACCUUAAUUAUAACAUUAGAAUAAGGUAUGCCACUCUAAUAUCCAAAAUCAGUUUGUUUGCCAAAAGCCUUUCUCUUUAUGUACCCAAUAGGAAAUUUUCAUUCUACCAAAAAUAAAUCGAAGAAAGAUACCAGACACAUACAUUGAACGUAUAUUAAAGUGUGCAUUGAACUCAGCAAAUAGUCCACAGAAUAGAGAUGCCAAUUGGAAGAUGCUUUGUUAUAUUCUGUUGGCAUUAUAACUAGUAAUCUUAAUAUUUAUUACUUGUGCUCCAUUUUCUGACUCUCCCAACGAUCAGUUUCCUGUGCAUAAGAGGAACUGUAGCCCAUUGUUCACAUUUCUAUCCCUGCAGGCUUUGUUGCACAGAUUUUGUUCUAGCUUUGUGGCCUGGUACAUAAAACACCUUUGUGCUACUAUUUCUGCUAAUGCAAACAUUGUCUUUCUGCCUCAUUCAUUACGGGUUAUGAGUCUGCAUAUUAUCAUCCAAACUGGGAGGUGGUCUUACCUAAGACCUCAGCCCCUCUCCAACCCUCCCUACCCCUGAAAUAUGCAGAAACUGCAGGGAGAGAGAACUCAACUCCUUAUUAAGUGAAGUUUAGAUGCUGCCACUUCUGUGUCAGGGAAACCGGACACAGAGCAAGUGAUGUCACAGCAGGUGUCACUGUGAAGUUUUUCUUUCAAAGUGUGAAUUUUUCACGCUGGUUUUUAGUUUUUAUUAUUAGUGUUAAAUAAAUGGAAGUCUGUGGCUUUGUGAUUUAGUGCUUUUUCCAUCAUGACAAUAAAUUAUACCUAGUGACAGUUAAGUUGGCAGAAAAGCUGUCCUUUAAAACAUCCCAUGACAUAUCACAGUAUUCUGUAUCUGUACUCCCUCCUCUUUCUCUUUCUCUCUUUCUUUCUAGUUAGAUCAAGAUAACGGUGGCUUGUGUCUUCCCUGAUUCUCUUGCAGUAGGGACUGGGCUCAGAAUGUGACAUGUUCAGGCCGAUCUGUGUUUGGAAAGCAGGUCUUGUUUGUACAUGCUUUGCUAUGAAUGAAGUUCCUCUAAGGACAAAGAGAAGUGUGCUUUUCUUCAUUUGAGCAUCUCUGCUUUGGCUUAAACUCUGCUCAUUCUAAAGCAUGCUCCUUCACCAAUCCCAGAGACUCAUUUUGGAAACGAGCUACUUUUAUGACAUUCCUGUAAGGGAGUAAAGCAUCCCAGCAUUUUUCUAUCGGCUCCUAAUUAAAUGUUACAGCUUAAAAAAAAUAUUAAAUCUGACUUAAGCAAAGGGAAAUGGACACGGGAAGGAACCCUUUCUUUUAAAACUCCUUCAGGGAAUAAAACAUUUUUUUUUCUUUCCACAUAAGCCUGGCAUUUGUUGAUUCUGUAGGUUGUGGGAGUGGGUGUGCAGGGAUUGCCUUUUAUCAAGUGAUUUAUUUCAAGAGCCUUUGAGGGGAUUCAGGUGAAGGAACCCCAUCUGUGCUGGAGAGCCUUGUACGCCUUUAACUAGCCUCCGCCCCAGUCGUAAUAACAGUGAUAAGGCUGGAUUACUUGUUUAGCUGAGGUUGUCUGCCUCAUAGCCAUCAUGCUGCACAUUCCUGCUUUCAAUCUGCUCGUUCUGAGCGUGACGUCAGAUCCCUGCUAUCAAGUGCAUGCUUCGUAUUCUGCCUUAGUUUAUGGCUUGAUUUUGUCUAUUUCAAAAUAUGUACAACAAAAUGUUCAUUCUGAUUUUGACUCAAUACAACAUAGCAGUUGUCACUGAUUUUUUUUUUUCUUUCCCACUUUUUUUGUGCAUUUGUAAAGGUCUUUUGCAUAUGAAUGUAAUCACACAUUGAUGUCACCGAUGCUGUAAACUUGCACUGCAUUUUACUCUAGGGAUUUAAAAAGCCCUACUGUGUUUUAAAAUAAUAUUGUCUUCACCCAGUACUGGAGUGGAUACGCUCACUGCAUGCUUUCAUACUUUUUUGCAAUUUUAUGUAUUGUGUUGGAUUAUUGUUCUAGACUGGAUUGUUAAAUGCUAUGUUUGAGGCUGGGUUGUCAUUUUUAUAACUGUCUUGGUAUUUUAUCGCCAUUAUUUAUUACUUUUGAUAUACAGAAUGAGCUGCAUGCAUUUAUAGAGCAAUAAGAAGAUGUAUUUAAUGUGCCUUGUUUUUAACUAAGAGCCGAAAGCAUGAAUCAAUAAAACUGAUUAAAAUGGUC